AUGACAUGCCAUUUACUGCCAUUAUUGCCAUUCCAGUCUAUUACGGUCAUACCAUCUACUGCUGUGGCUAUCAGUCCGGCGACUGCCAUUACUGCCAUGCUCAAAUUCAAGGGGGUUCAGGGAUCUGAAUGCCGGACCAGGGGUUGGGUAGGUAGGUCGGCCAUAGGCCAAAAAAAAGAUUUUUGGAACCCUCUAUGA